GAGCGGUGGGGCAUGAGGAGUGAAGAAAAGAAGAAGAAGAGGGAAAAGAAGAGAGGAGGAAGAAGAGAGGAAGAAGAGGGAGAAGAGAAGAAGAAGAAGAAGAGGAGGUGGCUGCAGCGAGGGCUGCAGCGAGGAGUUGUGGGGCGUGGGGAGAAGAAGAGAGGAAGAAGAGGGAGAAGUGAAGAAGAAGAAGAAGAAGAAGAAGAAGAAGAAGAAGAAGAAGAAGAAGAAGAAGAGAGGAGGAUAGCUGCGGCAAGGCUGCAGCGAGGAGGUGUGUGGCUUUGGGGAGGAAAAGGGAAGAGGAGAAGAAGAGGGAAAAGAGAGGCAGCUGCAGCAGCCAGGGCUGCAGCACCUCUGUUUCCCGCAGGUGGAAACAGAGGAGAGGAUGUGUGGGGCGUUGAGGAUGAAAAGGGAAGAAGAAGAAGAAGAAGAAGAAGAAGAUAGCUGCGGCAAGGCUGCAGCGAGGAGAUGUGUGGCCUUGGGGAGGAAAAGGGAAGAGGGGAAGAGGAGAAGAAGAAGAAGAGGAAGAGAAAGAGGUGUGAUACCUCUGUUUCCUGCAGAGGAAACAGAGGAGAGGGUGUGUGUGACGCCGGGGAAGAAGGGGCUGCAGCUGCGGCGAUGGCAGCUGCAGCUGGAAGAGAAGAAGAAGAGGAAGAUGAGCAGGGGAGGAGGGAGAGGUUGCGGCCGUGGCUACGGCCGCGACUGCAGCAGUUGCAGCGGGGAGAGAAGAAGAAGAAAGGAAGGAGAAGGAAGAGGAGAAGGGAAAGAAGUAGCUGCGGCUGCGGUUGUGGCAGCUGCAGCUAUGGCAAGGAAAGAGGAAGAGAAAAAGGAAAGGAAGAAGAAGAUAAAGGGAAGGAGAGGAAGAAGAGAGGAAGAGGAGAAGGGGCUGCGGCUGCGGCGAUGGCAGCUGCAGCUGUGGCAGGGAAAGAGAAAAAGGAAAGGAAGAAGAAGAGAAAGGGAAGGAGAGGAAGAAGAGAGGAAGAGGAGAAGGGGCUGCGGCUGCGGCGAUGGCAGCUGCACCUGUGGCAGGGAAAGAGAAAAAGGAAAGGAAGAAGAAGAGAAAGGGAAGGAGAGGAAGAAGAGAGGAAGAGGAGAAGGGGCUGCGGCUGCGGUGAUGGCAGCUGCAGCUGUGGCUGGGAAAGAAGAGAAGGAAAGGAAGAAGAAGAGAAAGGGGAGGAGAGGAAGAAGAGAGGAAGAGGAGAAGGGGUGGCAGCUGCGGCAGUGGCAGCUGCAGUUGGAAGAGAAGUAGGAGAGGAAAUAGAGUAGCAGAGGAAGAAGAGGCUGCGGUUGUGGUGGCUGCGGCCAUGGCUGCGACUGCGACUACGGCAGUUGCAGCUGGGAAAGAAAGGAAAGGAAAGGGGGAAAAAGGGGCUGCGGACGGGAUUGCGGUCGCAGCGGCAGCGACUGCGUAUGCAACAGUUAUGUCUGCGAGAGAAGGGAGGAAGGAAGGUAGUGCGGUGGAAGGGGCUGCGAUUGUGGCAGCGGCAGCGGCGGCGGUUGUGGCAGCUGCGUUUGGGAAAGAAAAAGAAGGAAUGAGAGUAAGAGAAAGCAGGUGACUGUGCCUCGAUGUUCGACACGUGGUGUAGUUGCGAAGAAAGGAAGAAAAUGGGAGCACAAAACGAAACAGAGAGAGGACACGGAGGAAAAGUAGAAGGAUUUGGGCUAGCACCUUCUUUGGAUCUUCGGAUCGAAAUCCUUGAAAGGUCAGCUUGUCACUCUUCGAGAUGUUUGAUUUGGGCUGAGGCAGUGGAUAGCUAUUCAGAAUUAUGGGCAAGUCUUGUUGGUUGUUAUGCUAUUGUUGUAUAAGUAUGUUUUGUAUGUAAUGAAAUGUUGUCGAUGAACCGAAAUGGAUAUACUGUGUCAAAGUGUUAGGAGAUCUCUCUUAUUUGGAAUUUCUGAAUGUUAAGCCUAAUUUAUAAUGAUAUGAACUUGUGGUGAA